AUCGGAUCUUAGAUUUAGAUCCGAAAAAAAUCCUCUCAACUUCUUCAACCAUGUGGAUGAACACCCACACCUCAACCACCGUCGACGGCAACCUUCCACCGCCACACCGCCGGCGACGGCCCAUCCACCGCCACUUCUCUUCCUCUGUCGCAACCUCUGAUCAUUGCCAUAAUUUCCGACAAAGACACUACCACCACCAUCACUGUUGGCGUUUGCCACCGUCGUUACUUUUCCGACGACCGAACACCUCCAGCAAUUGAACAACUCCUUGUAUGUGAUAUCCGACGAAGGACCACCUCUGACUCUCGUUUCUGAUGGUUUGUUAGGAGAUUUAUGAAUCUGGCGAUUUUCCUUUACAAUUUGUGCUCAGUACUGGUUCGAUCUUAGUGAUGUAUGCUUCGUCUCCGACAUCUGACCUCACUAGAACACCAGAAAAAAUCGCCUUCCUCUUUUCUCUUUGAUCUCCGAUGUUCUACCACCGGCAAUCUCUUUUCUCCAGAUCUACAACUCCGGUGAGCGUUGAAGAUCCACCAUAUUCACCUCCUCCACGUCUACUUCAUCUCCGACCACCUCUAGCUACCUUCUUCGUCUCCAACCACCGAAGACCUUCAGCUGUCACAACUUAUGGUCAGAUCGAUUCCUUCCCCCACCAUCUAUGUUGUUUCAUAUGCUCUCAAAUCGACGCCUCAUUCGCUGCCUUCAUUGAUACACGCUAUGUCACACUCUCACUCUCUCUUGAUCUGAAAGUAUGUCCUUCCCGACAAGCAUUAUGUAAAUCGAAUGGAGUUUCACUCAAAUCAGGGAUGUUGGCGGUAUAGUUGGUGGCUGCGUCACUAAAGCCAUCUCACCUGGAAUUCAUUACCACCAUAAUCACCUUUAUAUCCAUCCACUAACAACCACCAUCAACACUAUACAUAACCCACUAACAACCACCAUCAACACUAUACAUAACCCACUGCCAACCACCACCUUAAUCAUCACACCCCCACCAGGCCAGCACCUUAUGCAAAUCAGUGAUCACACAAAGAAUUUAAAAAAGAAAUUAAAACUCCCCUGUUCGUCGAUUUCAUACACCCCAACCUCCAAUUCGUUGUCUUCUUCACCUCACUAGAAAAAAACAAUACCUAAAUUAUAAAGGUGUGUUCCAUUCUCGAUCUGUACCUAAAAGAAACAUGAAAGGAAUGGGUGGGUUCAAUUUCAGUUCCAAACGAGAAAAAGAUUCGAAGAAAUAUGGCCAUGGGUUUGAAAUGUGUUGUCAUCGUCGAACAAUCUAGGGUUUGUCAUCACCUGAAUCACUGUCGGUUGCACCACCUUGUACCUCAAAUCUAAGAUGGUUGUCGCCUAAGUUUUCGAGCAGCUGCAUGUUUCAUGACAAAUUUUACUUUGGGGGUCUCAGAUUCAACACCACCACCACCUGGAAUCUCUGUUUCCGUCAUAUGUCCCCACCGUAAUUGGAGAUCGACCGACGGUUUCAGGAGGUUGUAUAUGGAGUGUGUGACCGGUGUUUGUUAGACCGGUUUUAAGUCAACUCAGGAAGAGAAUCGACGGUGAAGCGGAGGUGCUAAGGUGAGUCUGGAACGAGAAUGGGGUGGAGGUUGAAAAGUCACCGAUGAAUCGCCAGAGGGUAUUGAUCGGAGGUGGGGAAUUUUCUUCUAAUUAUUGAGAACGGGACAUUGGGGG